AUGGUUCUCUCAAGUGAUAGGAACUUACGCACGAAACGCAAAAUAGAGCCCGCAAAGUCUACGAUUGCGACGAAAAGGACCAAAUUCUCUGGCACGAUGAAGUACACAGACGGGGGACAUCUCUACAUGGACAUGUCACCAGAGAACGUCCGAUAUUUUGGCGAGCCGUCUCCCGAAGUCGAUCAGGCUUGGGCGGAGCUCAUUGGACCGGCUAUGCAAUUCUCGAUGAGUCGAGAAGAGGCUGAUGCAUUGGCCGUCAAAUCAUAUGAACACCCAAAGGAUGGUUUUCUUGUUACUCCUGAUGUCUUGCACACUCUGCACUGCGUGAAUCAUGUCCGCAAAAUUAUCGAUAGCGAAUACUAUUUCAAGGUGCCACUACAUGGCCUACCUCGAAAACAAAGAGUUCACACAGUAAUCCAGUGUCACAUGGACCUGACGCCGGUGACGACCAUGUAUUUUGGAUCGGUCAACACCGAAGUCGGGAAUUUCGAGCAAGAGCACACGUGUCGGGACCUGGAGCCUCUGAGAGUAUGGGCGACCAGGAGGAAGCAGGCGGAUCAAGCUAGGUUGAAGGCCCUUGGUGAGGGAGGAGAUGGUCACCUGGGACCCGAGCCGCUCCCAACGCACGGCUACGUUGACAAUGAGGACGCUUUGUUGCCUUGGAACUCGACUCUGUCAGAGAUUGAUUAA